GUAGCGGAAGCAGAUGUUCGAGACCGGAAGCGAGCGUACGGCAAACAUGGCGUCGGCGGCGCUGGCGCUGAGGACGCGGGCGGCUGCCCUGCUGAGCCCCACUCAGGCUGCGUCUCUUGCCGUCAGAUAUGCAUCCAAGAAGACAGGUGGCAGCUCCAAAAACCUGGGUGGAAAGUCACCAGGCAAACGCUUUGGCCUCAGGAAAAUGGAGGGUCACUACGUUCAUGCUGGCAACAUCCUUGCAACUCAGCGCCACUUCCGUUGGCAUCCAGGCGCCCAUGUGGGCCUUGGGAAGAAGAAGCACCUGUAUGCCCUGGAGGAGGGAGUGGUCCGCUACACUAAGGAGGUCUAUGUGCCCAGUCCCAGCAACACGGAGGCUGUGGAGCUGGUUACCAGGCUGCCCAAGGGUGCUGUGCUCUAUAAGACUUUUGUCCAUGUGGUUCCUGUGAAGCCUGAGGGCACCUUCAAACUGGUAGCUAUGCUUUGAAUUCCUGGGGCCAUUGGAUGGAGACUGGAGCCCAGGUGACAGGAGAGGGUGGCACCAGGAGAAGUCAAGAGUUGGGGAUGGCAAGGCCUCCUGAGGAAGCCCACUUGGUAAUGACUGUAGAAGACUCUGAAAUGACUGGCUAGGAAGCCUUUUGGGAGCCCUGACCUGGGGCCAAAAAUAAAGUUUGCUGGAGUCAUG